UUAAUAAUUUAGGAGAAAAUGAACGAAGACGUUGAUGUGCAGAUUGAGUUCAAAAUUCAAACAAAGAGACCCAAAUCGCCAGGCGACUUCUUCUUCUUCCUCGUCUUCACAGCCCGGAUUUUGUCGCCGGCUCCGAUUCUAGGGUUUCUGUCCCGGUGAAUGCUGCUGCUGCUGUUGCUGUUCCUCCGAUGAAUCGGCCGCACUGCAACCAUCUUCAAUCCAACUCCAUUUCUAACUGCCACGAAUGCGGGAUUUCUCAGUCCGUAUGCUGGAUCCUCCACAAUGUCCGUUUCAAAGCCUCCUUCCGUCGUCUCUGCACCAAUUGCGUCCUUAAGAACAAUCUUUCCCGUUUCUGUCCUCUUUGCUUCGAUAUUUACGACGAUUCGACUCCGCCGUCGUCUCAUCAGCGAGUUAUGUGCUUCAGAUGCCCUUCAAUAUCUCAUGUCUCUUGCGCUUCCUUUCGUUUUUCCUCUACGUUCCUCUGCCCUAUCUGCUCCGAUCCUUGUUUUGCCUUCUUCGACGGUUUCGACUCCGGCGGCCUUCGCCAAUCGGAGCCUGCCGUUGCCGUUUUGGCCGGUAGAGAUGGUAAAUCGGCGAAGGCGAUUGUCGCUGCGGCUCGUGUCGCCGCUCAAUCCAUGCGAAGAGCGGCGGCUGACGCUAGGGCUGUAGCGGAGAUGAAGAUCAGAAAUGCUGUGUUCGCUAAGAAGCAGGCUACUCUCGCCUUGGAACGGCUUGCUUAUCUUGUACUUCAUGGGAAAGACAGAAAUGGAUAUGCUAAAACUAAUGGAAAUGCUGCUGCUGGUGCGGUGGAAGAAGAAGAAGAAACCGAGCUACAAGGUGAAGUGGUAACAGCCAUUCUUGAGCGUAUGAAGGCGAAUCAGACUCAGUUUUGACGAAGGUAGCUGAUUAAGGAAACAAACUGUAGAGUAAUCUUCUUCGACUCGCAUUCAAUCGAGUACCUCCAAGAUUCAGUUGAAUCAGGGCGCAGAGCUCUCUCUUCUAUCGGCCAUUUUUUUUCAGAAUCUCAUAGCUUUUGAGGUGUGGAAGCCAUUGUUGCCGCCUUCAAGCUACAAGAAUCGCCACUGCGGAGCCACGGUGAACAUUUGAUAUUCAAAUACCAGUGGCGGUGGAACGGUGGCCAUAUCAAGACGCCGGCGGCGAUAGAUAGUGCUGAUUUC